AAACAAUACCUUAUACGGGUUUAUACUUUGUCUAUCGACAUGUCUGUAGACAAUUAGAAUACGACAAGUGUAGCUGGUCAAAACGACAUUUUAAUUUAUAUUCGGGUGGAAUGUCUGUAGACCUUCGCUGCAACUGUCUGUUUCAUUGUCUAUAACAGAUGAAAAAAGUUCAACUUUGACCCUGUCGCUGAGUCCGUUGUCAUGGUUACCCGACGAGCUCGCAAUGAAUCUUCUAAAAUUCUCUGGUAUAAUGCACUGCUUUAUUUCGUCACUCACAACCAGUUUCACCCUGUCGGAGCAACAAUGACAUCACAUGUGAAGCUCAGAAAAGAGAGAGUUGGAGCUGUGGACUAUGACACACAAAUCAAAGAGGUGCGUUGUCAGUUGGUGGACCAGUUGAAGGUUUUGGAUCUGCAGUUGGAGCAGAAAUCUCAGCAGCUUCAGGAUCUGACAGACUACCUGCGUAGACGCAGUGAGAUAGAAGGAGAGUACGCACGCUCGCUGGACAAAUUGGCAGAGAGGUUUACCUCCAAAAUCAAAAGGAAGGAGCCUGGCAGUGGUCAGUCUGUGUCCCAGUGUUGGCUGGUCCUGCUGGCUCAGACCAGACAGGAGAGCAAAGACCACAGUGGUGUGAGUGACAGCUGUAGCACCACCCUCACCCAGCCCCUCACACACUCUCUGGAGAUCACACAGCGCCUGGCCAAGAGGACUAAAGAUGUCUGUAGCCAGUUACAGGAUGGGCUGUUGAAGGUCACCACAGAGCUACAGACAGCGUGGCGGACCUACUAUCAGUACCACUCAGAGUAUGAGUCUGCAGAGGGAAAGCUGAAGGAAGCAGAGAAACAGAAGCAAGGAGCUUCUAAAAAGAUUGAGAAAAGACAGUGUAAAGUACAGGAGCUCCAACUGAAGUGCACUAAGGCUCGUAAUGACUACCUUCUCAAUCUGGCUGCUGCCAACGCUUCCAUGAACAAGUACUAUCUCCAAGACCUCUCCUCACUCAUGGACUGUUCAGACAUGGGCUACCACCUUUCUCUGUCCCGUGUGCUACGCUCCUACCUGUCCAGCCGCUCCCGGGCCCAGCAGAACCUGAGUGGAGGGCUGCAGCAGCUCCACACUGCUGUGUCUGGACUGGACCAGAUUCAGGACAGAGACUACCUGCUACAGACUCACACCAACACCUUCUGUCUUCCCCUCCGCUUCCACUACCAGCCACGCGAUGGAGACCAGGUGUGUGAGGUGAGUGCAGAACAGGAGAUUAGGUGUGAGAUGGAGACCAGGUUCCAACAGCUGCAGUCAAAGCUCACCGGGUUCACUCAGGAAACAGAGGAGGCAGGUAAGAAGCUCCAGACGGCCCGCUCUGCCCUGCUAGAAGGUAUCAGUGAUGAUGACCUGGAUCCUCCACCCUCCAGCAACCAGACCCAGGGCUCCCAGGUCCAUCUCCAGUUCCCGCCUCAGAGCCAAGGUCAAGGGGGAAGCAAUGAAAGCCUGGCCAGCAGCAGUAGCAGACCCAGUCUGGCCAGACGCAGAGCCAACCUGCAGGAAAUUGAGAUACUCUACUGUGCUAACGUGAAGGAGUAUCUCUGUAAAAGCUCUCUGGUAUCUAAACUACAGGCGAAACAUGAUCUGCUUAAAGUGGCGGUUGAGAAAGCUGAACCAACCAAUGGUCAUCAAACCAGGAAGUUAUUGCGUGUGAGGAGUAAGAGUCAACCCAGUGUCCAGUACACCCACAAACUCUUCACCGGAGACAUGCUCUCCUUCAUACAGGCAUCAGGACAGGAGAUACCUGUAGUGGUGGAAAGCUGCAUUCGCUUCAUCAACCUUAACGGUCUCCACCAUGAGGGUAUCUUCAGAGUACCAGGGUCUCAGGGGAAGGUCAACAGUCUGAGAGAUGCCUUUGAGCGAGGAGAAGACCCUGUGGCAGACAGCAGGUGUGACUUGGACUCGGUAGCAGGAGUAUUGAAACUCUACUUUAGAACCCUGGAAAACCCUCUCUUUCCUCAGGACAGCACCGCUCAGCUCCUGGAGUACGCACAGAUUGACAACGAGACGGAGAGAGCAGCUAAACUCAAAUCAGUCAUCUCCUCCUAUCCACCACCUGUCAGCACCGUCAUGAGAUACCUCUUUGCAUUCCUCCAUCAUGUGUCUCAGUACAGCGAUGAGAACAUGAUGCAGCCCUAUAACCUGGCUGUGUGCUUCGGCCCCAGUCUGCUACGAGGGGCGCAGGAUGAUGAUGUCGUUACCUUGCAGCCUCAGAUCAACUCCCUGGUGAAGAGCAUCAUCUUGCAGCACGAGAGCAUCUUCCCAAGCCUGGCCGAGCUACAGGGACCAAUGUAUGAGAAAUGCAUGACGCUGCAGCAAGACGACUGUGAGGAGGGAGAAGGGGAUUCAGAACACCACAGUAAAGAAGAGCCCGAGUCAAAGGGGGAGCGAUUUCGAGCCAACAGCAGCUGCAGUUCAAGACAGUCACCAGUAGGGGGCACGGUGACCCCUGGAGGAAAGUUCACCUUACAGUCCCCCAUAACCCCACAGGGAUGGCCCCUCUCCCCCGGAUACAUAAGCAAAGAAGCCCAGGACCUGUCGUCCAGUGAAGAUAUAACAGUUCAGGUUGAUGAGGAGGUCUGCCGCCAGAUGAACUCUGUCUUCAAGGAGCUUCUCUCUCGAAAAUCCCUCCCUCCCUACUCCUCCACCUCCUCGGUCACCUCUUCCCACCCUCCACCACAGCAGAAGAAAGGAGGGAUUGGGUGGAGAAGGGAAAAGCCUGUUUAGAUCAGGCCAAUUGGACUGACAGAAAGUGAGAGGGGACCAGAAUAGAUGGAUGGAGGAAUUAAUAUAUUAAUGAGGAAAUGAACGGGGGAGAGACGAGACUUGGACGAGAAGACACACAGAGGGGGGCGAUGGAGAGUGACUUGGGCUGAUUGAAUGAUUGUAGGUGUGUGAUGACAGGUUGUGACAGCAGCCUAAGUGUGAUUACAGAUGGCUGGAUUAAAUUAACCAAAGUCAGUUCACUGUACUGUACGUGUCUGCUGUGCUGCUCAGACAGCAGCCUCCAUUGUGGAGCCUGUGAAUAGACAGUCACAGACAGACAAGGUUUGAAUCGUACUGUGAAGCCUUUUGUUAGUGUGUUUGAUACAACACAACCCUAACCCCCACUGAUUUUUCACUCAACGGCUGUGCCUAUAUUCUCCACAUGCCCACCCAUGAAUUUUUACAUGUUACAGGGCAAGGAGAAGCCUGUUGCAGUUAGAUAUUGUCUCACUAGAUGGCAGCAUCAACACAGAGGAUGUUGUACACGUGUCAUAUUCUUGGAUAAUGUAUGUUCUAAUGAGAUAAACAAAUGGUCUUGGCUGAUGUGCAAACUGAUUUUUUAAAUUUCUGAGUUGGUUAAAAUGAGGUUAUGGAAAGGGUUUUGGUUAACGUUAGGGAAGAUUGGGUUUUUAGAUUUGGGCUGGUCAGGCUGGCAAUGGGAUUCUGGUCAGAAAAGUCCAUUUAGUCUCUCCCGUUCUUGAAAUGUCUUUAGUACACUGCUCCAAUAACAUAUGCAUCCCAUUAUUAACUCUUUGACCAGGAAAAUGACAGUGUAAUCACUGUGACUGUUACACUGUAAUGAGGAAACGAAACAGGCUUGAAUCACUUUGAGGUGCAGAAAAAGUGUGAAAAGGAAGUCUUCGUCAAGACAAGGCAUGGGGGAAACCACAUUUUUAGAACAUUAUGUUCUAGUUCGCUAAUCGUUCAGGAUACACACACACAAAGACAAGCACGCACAUGCACACACAAAAAUACAUACACACAUGUGCAUACACACACACAAAGAAGAAGAAGACGAGGCAUUGAUAAAUGUUGCUCUGUCUCAAAUCAACCACAAUCCCCUUCGCCCUAUGCCCUUGUGGAGAUCUGAGAGGAUAUGAUAGG